AACAGAAAGAGAUGGGGAGCAAUUGCUCCAAAAGGAGGAGAGAAGAGAGGGACACUACCACUUUCUCCAAAAAGAAAAGUUUGUCUUGGCGAAGAAAAAAGGAUUACACUGAAGGGAGGAUAGGAGAGGGCAACAGUGGAGAAACGCCCUGUCAACAAAGUCUCCCCAGCCUACAAUCCCCAGUCUCCCCAGCCAAUAAUCCUCAGUUUCUCCAGCCAACAAUCCCCAGUCUCCCCAGCCUACAAUCCCCAGUCUCUCCAGCCAACAAUCCCCAGUCUCCCCAGCCAACAAUCCGCAGUCUCCCCAGCCUACAAUCCACAGUCUCCCCAGCCUACAAUCCACAGUCUUCCCUCACAGCUGAGGGCGGAAGCUCUCUAUGUGCCCCAGUGAUCAGCAAUAAUGAAGUAAGAGGUAACAUCAACAUCACUCAGAACAUCACUCAGAACAUCGCUCAGAACAAAGAUGACUCCUCCCAGGUUGCACAAUGCAGUGCCACACCAAAAGGGUAA